AUCCUGUCUAGUCACACCCCCGUCCAGUUUCGCCACAGCCCGGUCCUGCCUCGCCACGCCCCAGCGCUCGUCCUCUCGGCGCAGGACUGCAGGCAUCACACCCGGGCCGGGUCGCCCUACGCCCCUGCUGGCACGGGGGAAGAAUUUGGACAGAGAAAGACAAGUACUGAGAGACAAUGGCAUGAAGAGACAUGGAGAAGAUGGUCAUCUGAAAGCUAAGGAAGAAAACCUGGAACAGAUUCUUCCCCCACAGGGCUCAAAAGGAACCAACUCUGAUGAUACCUUGACCUUGGACUGCCAGCCUCCUGGAAUGGUUAGACUCCAGAUGUCUUCUUUCUGCCCUCUUCAGUCAAGCAUUGGUAAGAUGCAAUGGCACAGCACGGCAUGGUGUAGAGCACACUCAGGAUUCAGUUUGGCUGGCUAAAUCUCAGAACGGCUCAUAAGCCCCCUAUGCUUCUGGUCCUUCAUCUAAAGUAGAAUUAUGCAACAGAACCUCUAUCACAGGCCCCUCAUGAUGACUAAAUAACUUAUGACUAAAGUUUUUAGAAAAUUGCCUUAUGCAUGGUGAAUGUUUGUUAAGUAAUUUAAGAAAAAGCAAGGAAAAAAAACGGGCUAAAAUUGAAGUCGAAAAAUGUUAUAUAAUUUUGCCUUGAGAUAAUUGCAGCCAGAUUGACGAACGUGGGGGCCCUUUGCUCGGCAAUCAUCACAAGCCUUAGAUUCUGAAAAAAGAGCUGCAAAUGAGAUAUAAGAAAAGAGAUACAAAAAAUAAGAGCCCUGUCUUGGGUCUCAAACUAUUCACCACUCCUGUAUGUCCUACGUGGCAGACACUGGGAACCACAGACCACAUCUCUGUCUAGUAAACCAUGGAGAAGGCUGGGUUGGGGCAGGAACAGGUUGACUGGCAGUUCCUGAGUAGGAAGUCGACCUAACCUGGGGUGAUACAAUGCUGUUACUAUACCUUCCACAAACUGGAGAAGAUUCCACUGGAGAACUGUGAACGGGUCAUUUUUGUUCUGUGCCAUCUGUUGAAUCAAGUUUAUGGAAGGACCCCUUUUGGAAGGCCUGUACUGGGACUCAUGGUACAAUAGCCAGCAGCUCUAUUCGCUGAGGAACAGCAGUCGCAUCUACUAUGAGAACAUACUUUUAGGAGUCCCCAGAGUCCGGCAGUUGAAAGUCCGCAACAAUACAUGCAAGGUCUACCCAGCCUUUCAGUCUUUGAUGAAUGAAUGUUAUGAUAAAUACACUUCUGAAAAUGAAGACGUGUCUGAUUUUGGCCUCAAAAGUAAUACAGAAUGGAAAUACUCUACUUCUGCUGCCAAUGCCCCCUGGCACUGGGGAUUUGUUGGUGUUUACAGAGAUGGAGGGUAUAUUUUCACUUUGUCUAAAUCAAAAUCAAAAACGAAAACCAAAUUCAUUGACCUUCGACUGAACAGCUGGAUCACAAGGGGAACCAGAGUUGUUUUUAUCGAUUUUUCAGUAUACAAUGCUAACGUAAAUCUGUUCUGCAUCAUCAGGUUGGUGGCAGAAUUCCCUGCAACUGGAGGAAUACUUACUUCGUGGCAGUUUUACUCGGUGAAGCUCCUCAGAUACAUUAGCUACUAUGAUUAUUUCAUUGCUUCCUGUGAAAUCAUAUUUUGUAUUUUCCUUUUUGUCUUCACUACACAAGAAAUCAAAAGAAUUAAUGAAUUUAAGGCUGACUACUUCAAAAGUAUUUGGAACUGGCUAGAACUGCUGCUUUUGCUGAUAUUCAAAUUUAUAAGCUUCAAUAAGACAAUGUCUCAGCUGUCAUCAACCUUAUCCCGCUGUAUGAAAGACAUAGUUGGAUUUGCCAUCAUGUUUUUCAUAAUAUUCUUCGCUUAUGCCCAGUUAGGGUUUCUUGUUUUUGGAUCACAGGUUGAUGACUUUUCCACUUUUCAAAAUUCCAUAUUUGCACAAUUUCGAAUCGUUCUUGGAGAUUUUAAUUUUGCUGGCAUCCAGCAAGCCAAUUGGAUCUUGGGACCCAUUUACUUCAUCACUUUCAUCUUUUUUGUGCUCUUUGUCCUGCUGAACAUGUUCUUGGCAAUAAUUAAUGAUACCUAUUCUGAAGUGAAAGCUGAUUAUUCCAUAGGCAGAAAACCAGAUUUUGAACUUGGUAAAAUAAUUAAAAAGAAUUACCAGAAUGUUCUCGAGAAACUCAGACUGAAGAAAGCUCAAAGUGAUGAAGUCAAAAUCAAAACUACCGGAGACCUAGCCGAACAAGCCAGAAAACGCAGCUUUGAUGAAGAUGAGAUCCAAAGGGCAGAGAAGAUGAAAAAGUGGAAAGAGAGGCUUGAGAAAAAGUAUUAUUCUACAGAAACUGAAGAUGACUACCAGCCUGUCACUCAACAAGAAUUUCGAGAUCAUCCUCAUCCUAUAAGAAAAAAGCAACCGAAGAAUUCAGUGAAGAUUUUCCUCUCAAAAUUUUCUUCAGUAAUGAAAAAAAGGACAACCCCCCUUUCCCAAAAUGCAGCAACAACAAAAAGCUUUGUAUUUCCAAAGUUCUUGAAGUUCAAAAGAAUAAAAUUCUAGUCUUCUGCUAACAGGAUGUAUCUGUUGUACAAAA